CUUAAACAACAUACCCAUAUAAUAAUCUUUCUCGUUUUAGAAACUAUUGUCUUGUAAUAGUGCGAGAAAUGGAUUCAAGAUUCACCCAUUCCAUACCUACCUUAGGGUUCUUCUCACCUAUUCAUCUUCACAUCAUAAAGUUAUGUAGUAAUGGUAAGAGUGAAAAUGAGAGGAAAAACGGCGAUGAAGAAAGAAUUAGUAAAUACUCCUAUGUGAGUCCUCUAUGUAUGAGUGGAGGAGAUGGAUACAACAGUUACUCCACCAAUUCUCUUCUUCAGAGAAGAGUGUUAUCAAAGGCUAAACCGGUAUUGGUUAAGAACACAAAGGAACUGAUGAUAAACUUAAACUUUCCUACAUACAUUAAAGUAGCUGAUUUGGGUUGUUCAUCUGGACAAAACACAUUCUUGGCGAUGUCUGAAAUUAUCAAUACCAUCAAUGUGUUAUGUCAACAGAGGAACCAAAACCCACCAGAAAUAGAUUGUUGUCUAAAUGAUCUCCCUAAUAACGAUUUUAACACAACGUUCAAAUUCAUACAAUUCUUCAACGAGAAGAACAUCACGAGCAAAGAAUCAUACUUUGUCUCUGGAGUCCCCGGUUCUUUCUACUCGAGGCUCUUCCCUCGGAGGAGUCUUCAUUUCGUACAUUCCUCUUAUGGUCUCCAUUGGCUCUCUAAGGUUCCUGAAGGGCUUGAGAAGAGUAAGAUGAGUGUGUACAUCACAAAUUCAAGUCCUCUAAGUACAUAUAAGGCUUACUUAAAUCAAUUCCAAAGAGAUUUCGCGACAUUUCUUCAACUGCGUUCUGAAGAGAUGGUUUCUAAUGGACGCAUGGUUCUCACUUUCAUUGGUCGAAACACUAUUGAUAAUCCAUUGCAUAGAGAUUGUUGUCACUUUUGGACAUUAUUAUCCAAAUCUCUCCGUGACCUAGUCGUCGAGGGUCUUGUGAGUGCGUCGAAGGUAGAUUCGUUCUACAUUCCAUUUUAUGACCCCAACGAAAAAGAAAUAAAGGAGAUGGUACAGAAAGAAGGUUCCUUUGAAAUCAGAGACUUGGAGACACAUGGAUAUGAUCUUGGCCAUUGUAACCAAGACGAGUCAAAGAGAAGUAAAUCAGGGCAAAAUGAAGCCAAUUACAUCAGAGCGGUGAGUGAACCACUGCUCGUAGCUCACUUUGGAGAUGCCAUCACCAACAUAUUGUUUAACAAGUUUGCAUGUCAUGUGUCUCAACAUGCUAGUUGCAGGAACAAAACGACCGUCAGCAUAGUCGUUUCAUUGACUAAGAAAAAACUUUCCUCAUGUCCUAAAGUUUAGUACAAUUGUGUGUGGUCGUAUUAAAGGAACGUGCGACCA